AUGAGUUUUCAGAGAAUAGGAAUUAGUGAAAAUAGAAACACUGAUAAUACUUUGCACAUCUCAAAAAAGGAGAAAAAAGAAGCUAAGGGAAAGUGCAGUGUGUAAUAGUUCUUUCAAAAAAGUCAGACCAAAAAUAAGAGUACAUUUUAUAUGCUUAUUAUUAAAAGGUUUAUAUGAAGACUCUUUAACUAUAAAUGGCAUAGAAUAAUUUGAAAAUUAUAAAAAGAUGGUGAAGCUUGAAUAGAAGAGGGAAUCAGCCAUUUGCAUUUCAAGAAUCCUUUUUAAAGAAUCAUUGAGAUAGCGAUUUGAGAGACUCCAAAGUAUCAAAACCAUUUAGUAAUUGAUGGCUAUUCCCAAAUAUNAAAUAACAUUUAAUCAAUCUAAUAGAGAUUUGUAAAACUUCUUAAAAAACAGCAAUUUUGAUUAAAUUUUAUAUAGACUGGUUACUUUUAAUUCCAGUUAUAUUGAAUUUUAUAUAUAAAUAUUAAUAGAAUAAGGAUUCUGA